GGGGGUCACCAGUCACGAGUGUCCUGGCCAUCGACCAAACAAUGGGUGAAAAAAUUUGCAUUUGGCAGGCUUUGGUAAUAGGAAAGACCGAAAGGCGGGAACAACGGAUGCGUGCCUGGGAGACACAAUAAUUAAAAAGCGAUUUGUUUAGGGCCGAGGCGCAGGCGAUUGGUUGUGUCUGUUUGGGGCAGGGGUUUUGUUUGCCACCGUCGCCGGCCAGGCCCCCUACGAACAAAAAUGAGCACCACUCCGAAAUGGUACUGCCGCAACAAAUCCCAGCCGAUGCACACGUUCGCGGAAAUCGGCAAAUUGGGCCUGGAGCUGCGACGCAUAAGCAAACGGAUCGUGAUCGAUGUCAAUUCAGCGAUCUUCAGCGAGCAUGAUACCAUUUUGGAGGAGUGCGAGCGUGUGGUGGAGCAGUACUGGAACCUGAAGGAUGAGACCAAAAAUGCCGACUUUCAGUCGCUCUCGAAGAAGAUCAAGCGCAGUCCCUACAACCAGCUGCUGAUGAAGAAGUUCCACCUGGUGAUGGAGCUCAACGACAGGCGCUUCUGCCAGCUGACAUUUGUGCUCAAGCGAACGCUAAGUCUGUUGCUGCGCAAGUCCAUGCAGUCGGAGAUGUGGCUGAACUGGGCGCUGCACAUAACCCAGCUGUACAACAAGUGCCGCAAGGUGGAGAAGCCUUCGCUGGAGCCGGAGGUGGAGCAGCUGCCACUACCAUCAGCUGAGGACGAUCCGGAUGAUGGAGAGCCGAAGCUGAGCGGCAAGCGGAAGGAGGAGAUGCAUGCCAAUGUGUGCAGCAAUAUGUUUCCGGGACUACUACUCACACUCAAGCCAAUCGAUUUUGGCUACGUUCUGCAGCUGGUGGCCCAGACACGUGUGGAGCAGAAUGCCCUCGAUCUGGUGUUUGGUCUGUUCAACAUGGGUGAGCAGGAUGCCUGGCGAGAGCAGCAGAAUCUCGAGUCAACUUCGUCCAGUUUGGAGAUUCUGCGCACUCUAAACAUCUCCUUCGCUGCCGGCGACUAUCCGCCGUACUGUGACUCUGCGCAGGACUGCAAGGCCAUGCAGAUUGCGGAUGGCAAUCUACAGGUUCAGGAUGCGGAUCACGAUCACCAGAGUCUGCGCUGUAAGCACACGGAGAGCUUUCUGCAGAAGGAGCGCGUGUUCAUAGCUCAGCUAAUAGUCAAGGCAACGGAGAUAAGUCCAACCAUCUUUGACAACGGCAAGGGCGGCACUGUGGACAUGAACCUGUAUAUUGUGAAGGGUUUGCGCUUGCUCUGGUCAUAUGUGGGCAUCAUAUUGGAUCAUAUUCUCCUCUGGUGGAUAGACACGCCCGUCUCCUGCUACAGUCUCACACACAUUGACUCCAUUCGCAGCUGGCUCUAUCAUCAGAAUGUGAAUGAUAUACCUGAACCAGUCUUCUCUACGCUGCGUGGCAUUGGGGAAAUUCUGACUGGUUUUGUCUGCAACAACAUUUGGGAUCAGCUCUUCCGACUGACACUCAUAUCAGCAAACGACUCGAAGCGUCUGGUGGAUGUGGUGGCGGAACAGUACCGCGAUUGUCCCAAGAAUGAAUCGGGCACUCCCACUGGCACCGUGUGGAUCAGCAUAUUCGCGAAUCUUGUGAAUCUCAGCAAUCAGUAUUUCUCCAACCUGGAGGCCCACAACAACUCCAGUCUGCUGCCAGUGGCCGAACAGAUACCCAUUUUGCAUAGGCUGGAUCACUCUGUGCACUCGAUGCGUCUGUGGGUCACCGAACAGGCGAAGCUGCUGUGCUGCGAGUGGCACAUGGAUCGCUUCUUUCAGAUACUGGAGCACGAUGUGAAGCUCUGCCUGAAUGUGUUCAUCACCUUUAAACUGCCGAAACUCACUGCCGAUCUAAGCGAUAUCCUAAUGCUGGUCUGUGUGGCGCUGCGGACCAAGCUGAUUGCCGAGGUCAAUGCCAAUAUAGACAAGUUAAAGAAAACCACCGAUGAGUGUGUUCAGAUAUUGUCAGCGGUCUGUCGAGUUCUUAGUCUGGCCAAUUUUACGCUUUGCUUUCCCGCCGCCAACUUUUGGCAGCGCGAAAUCUACAACAACGAGGAGAAGAGCCUGUACGUGGGCUAUGUGCUGGACGAGAUCUACCUGCCCACCAUACGCGCCACCAAUGACAUUGUCAUACUGAAGCUCAUCCUGAAGCUGAUCUGCGAGGCCUGGCUGGACUUUAUCUUCCAGAAGCGCAUCCGUUUCAGCAUCAAUGGCGCGGUGCGGCUGCUCAACGACUUUGACGAUGUGCGCGCGUGGAUCUUGGCCUGUACUCUGCUGGACGAGCAGCAGCUGGAGAAGCUGAGCAAUCACGAGGUGCUGCGCAUGUGCAAGGGUGUGGGCAAAAUACUCCUGCGUAAGCCAGAAGAUGUCAUCUCCAUUACCCACUCGCCCAAGUACGACAAAAAGGCGCAGGAUGCUGCCGGGCAGGACACACAGCUGCCAUCGGAGAUGUUUGUGUCCAAUCAGAAGCAUUGGCUACAGCUGCGUGCCAGUGGCGGCAGUGGCUUCCCCUUCCUCAAACUGUGCUGCGGCGAUGCCGUCAUGUAAUCUGGGCUACAAAUGUGUGUUUAUUGGUCGCGCAAAAUGCUUUACAAAAGAGAAAGAUCUAAAAUAUACGAGUACUAGAUAGAAAAGGGCGUGAGGGGGGGAG